AUUCUUUCAAAGUCCCAUUCGGAGCUCUGAGCUGUGUGUGAAGUGGCUAUUCUUAUUUCUUCUUCUUUUUGGGUUUCUUCUUCAGCCCUCAGAAUCGCUCAUAGUCUCAAUCUUAAGCUUUAAAAAGCUUUAGAUCGUAACAAACCCUUUUACACACAGCAUCACUGAUCCACCAUUUCUCACUUUCCCUUUCACAAGCUGAAUUUGUUUGUGACAGGCAAAAUCUAACAAGAGAACUAGUGUCUGAAGCGGAUCCAUUGUUGGAUUUUGAUCUAGAAAAGGGUCAUAACGAUGUCUUUCAUUGGCACCCAGCAAAAGUGCAAGGCUUGUGAGAAAACUGUGUACCCUGUUGAUCAGUUAUCUGCUGAUGGCACUGCAUACCAUAAAGCUUGUUUUAGAUGCUCUCAUUGCAAGGGAACUUUAAAGCUGAGCAACUAUUCAUCAAUGGAAGGUGUCCUAUACUGUAAGCCUCAUUACGAACAGCUCUUCAAGGAGACGGGCUCGUUCACCAAGAAUUUCCAGUCAUCUGCUAAGUUAGCUGACAAGGCAACUCCCGAGCUGACAAGGUCCCCUAGUAAAGCUGCUAGCAUGUUUUCUGGGACACAAGAAAAGUGCGCUACAUGUGGCAAAACUGCUUAUCCGUUGGAAAAGGUAACAGUGGAAGGGCAGGCAUAUCACAAAUCAUGUUUCAAGUGUUCUCACGGCGGCUGUCCCAUAACGCCGUCGAAUUACGCAGCCCUCGAGGGCAUUUUGUAUUGCAAGCACCAUUUCUCCCAGCUUUUUAAGGAGAAAGGCAGCUAUAACCAUCUUGUUAAGUCAGCAUCGAUCAAACGGGCAGCGACCUCUGUUCCAGAUUCUUAAGAAUCUUGGUGCCAUCUCUUGCAGUUUCAUUUUUCCCUUCCUUUUUUAAUCUUUUCUCUUCUUUUUUGAUCUGUCAUGAAAGUGUUUGUAUGCGUGGCUUUUUUUUUUCUUUUCUCCUUUUGCUUCUAUGAUGGCUUGGUUGUUUCUUACAUUUCUUUUUAAAACGUGUGGUGUGCCAAUCUUGUGUGGUUUUAUUUAUCCAAUGCACAUUGACGAAUGAGAGUGUGAUUUUGCUAGAUUUUUAUUACCAUAGUUUCUGACUCUGUUAGAUCCCAUUAGUAUAUUAGUUAGGGCUUAUUUAAGUGAGUUUAUAAGAAAAGAAUUUUGUUUUUGAAUUAUUAUUUUUUAAAAGAUCUUUUAGAAAAGUAAAAAUAAUUUUAUGUUCAAAUAUUUUAUGUAAAAAAUUUUUUAUUUAUCACUUAUGUUUAGUUAUAAUAAUAUAAAAGUAUUUUGAUUGUUUAUUAUGUGAAAAAAAUUUUAUUAAGUAGCUUUUGUUUUAAAAAAAUAAAUUAUAACUUCUAAAGAAAGAUAUUUUUUAUUUUUAUAGUAUUUUUAUUUUUAUUAUUAAAAAUUUGUCAAAUGUGUUAAAAAAAUAUUGAAUUUUUUUUAGGAAAAACUAUUAAAAGUACUGAUGAAGUUUAUCAACGCUGACAAAAGUGUCCAUAAACUAAGAAAAUUAAUGCUGUACCUAUGAAAGAUAAGUUUCAUACAACAAAAGUAUCGAAACUCUAAUUUUUUGUUGAUUUUUUAAUAAAAUUCCCAAAUUAUUCCACCCUAACCCAAUUCUAUUGUCACUCUCUCUCUUCUUACUUCUUCUCUCUUCACUUUUCUCUCUCUCAAAAACCCUUUCAGUGUCAAAGAACUCUCCUCUUACCUUCUUAUUGUCGUUCGUCAUCUAUCUACCCAUCACCACCAAUCUCCUCCCCUAUCACUACUUCUCCCUUUCACUGACUAUAACACUUUCAUCGUGCACCUGUGACCCAACUUGAGGAGAAAGUCGUUGUGGUGCGCCUGUCCUAGCCGAGAAGAACGUCGUUGUGGUGCGUCUGACUCAGUCAAGGAGAACGUUGUCGUAGCGCACCUGAGAAGAGAGAGGGUCGUGGUGCUGUUGCAAGCAGAAAGAUGGUUCGAUAAAGAGAAAUUGGAGAAGAAAGGGAAGUAGCACUGUUGAUGGAGGUUCUACCGUCGACGAUGUUACAGCCGGCGAAGAAAAAGGUUGAGAUUGAUUUACAGAAGAUCCGAUUGAUGGCUACUUCUGCUUCUAAUUUUUGCUGAAGUAAAUUUCAAAUUGGAUGAAUGAAUUUGUUAGUUUUUUUUUUAUGGUUGAUGGCUGUUUCUACUUUUGAUUUUUCUAAAGUGAAUUGAAAUUUGAUGAAUGGAUGUGAAAAUUUUUAUGUUUUGGGUAUUUUUUAGUAUUUGAUUGAUUUGGUUUGGA